AUGUUGCUUCUAGAACAAAGACAAGCUGACAAAAAAUCUUCAUUAUCUACUGAUGUAGAAAAUCAUGAGCAAUUACAAGAAAUUAUAGAUGCCAAUGUUAAUAAUCACAUAUCUCAAUCAAUAGAUAUGGAUGAUGAUAACGAAUUAGAUCUUAUCUCAGAUCCAAUCAUCGAAACUCGUGAAAGUGAUAAAAAUAUUCAUAAACAACAAGUUUAUGUACGACAAUAUCAACAACCAACACUUGAUCCUGUUGAUAUUCAAAUACAAGAAGUACAUAUCAAAUCAAAAAGAUAUCGUUCACCUAUACAUGUUCAUAUCAGACCAAGGAAUAAUAAAAAUGGACAACGUACACCAUCACCUAUUGUAAUUAAAACUACUCCACCAAGACCAACUACGGAUCAGCAUAUUUUUUAUAAUAAAUAUAUUCCUGUAAAUUAUAAAACACCUUUAAGAAAGAUUAUUAUUCAUCGUCAUACUGAAUUGUCAUCAAAACCUCGACCUGUUGUAAUUGAACAAUGGCUUCCGCCUAAAUCUUCACCAAAACGUAUUAAAUAUCGUUAUGCAAAUCCAAAGGAAUUCGAACGAAAACGUAAUCGUUUUAUUGAUCAUAAACCACCACAUAUAACUGUUGAAUAUGAAUUAAUUCGUUUACCAAUCAUAAAAAUAACUCCAGAAGAGUAUCAAAACAAAUCGAAUGAAUUAAAUCAACUUGAUAAUAUUCGAUCAUUGUUAUAUAAUUCAGAUACUCUUUACUGGCGGAUAUAA